AUUAUACAGCACCGGUUAGUUCUUCGUCCCCCACGUCACUCAUGACAUUCACCUUUUUUGCGCCGUUACAAAUUUUCCUUUUCUCAUAAACAUUUUCGACUAUUACUCAUAUUUAAAAACCUCUUCAAAAUUCCUCAUUUUAUACGUGCUCAAGUGAUUAAAUGGCAACGAUUUCAAGAGAUUUGCAGAACAGAGUGAAGUUUAAGUGACAAAGUUCAGUUUAGUUAUUAACUCGGUUGAUUUUUGGCUUUGUGAAGUUUGCUUACUAUUCAUCUGGAGCUUCGAAUUAUGUCUGAGCGCUCUUUUAGAAUAGGUAGGAACAUAAUCAUUUUUUUAGAAAUCGUGAUUUGAUCCUCGUUACUGAAAAUAAAGUGAUGUCAAUGCCAGUAAAAAUGUAAUAAGUGUUACUUAAAUAUACUGUGGAAUAUUCAUGGUUGGCGACUGAACCCGUGAUUGGGCACCCUGGGAAUUUCAUUAAAUCCUGAUGGGUCGCUUGACAAGUGGACCGGCCUGUUGAAGAGAUCAAAUUAUAUUAAAAAUCAGUUUCUAUGUGCAUUCCUGGCCAUUAAAUAGACAUUCUUGUCCUGGGAUGUAGAAAAUUUCCGAUAUUAGUUAUCGAUUUGGUGGAUCAAAAAAUUAAUUGGUGAUGAAAGACGGAGAAAGUGAAGAUGGACGUGGCCGACGCUGAGGUACCGACGCCGCCUGCGAUAAUGGAUAGUAUGGAGACAGAUAAUUAUGGCGUCGAAGCUGAAUUGACAAGUCUGUCUUGGCUACAGUCUCUAGAUAUUACGAGUGCAUCAAGUCUACCGACUCCACCAUGUUCACCCUCACCACCCCCUAUUCCCCGGCAACCGCCGAAGAAGAUGUCCCCCUUACUCAAGGCACAAUUAGAUCUUCUCGAGAACGCAGAAAAAUACCGCAUCGAUUUUACUGCAAAACCUCCUUUUUCAUAUGCAACUUUAAUUUGUCUCGCCAUGCGUGCAAACAACAACAAACUAACUCUGUCGAAUAUUUACGCGUGGAUUCGAGAGAACUUCAUGUAUUAUAAAUACGCCGAUCCAGCUUGGCAGAAUUCCAUCCGGCAUAAUUUGUCCCUCAACAAGUGCUUCGUUAAAUUGCCUCGCUCAAAAGACGAGCCAGGCAAAGGAGGUUUUUGGAAAUUGGACUUGGGACGUGUAGAAGAAGGUAAAAGAAACAGGCGACGAAAUUCUUCAUCGCGAAGUAGUCGUCGUUCCAAAAAAAUGCCAGAAACUUGUGAAUCUGCUCCCUUGACGGUGACAACAGGACUUUAUGAAACUCCGCCAAACAGUGUCUCUCCUCCUAUUCCAGACAGUCUACCAGAAGUGCCAGAUUCGAACCAAAUCAGCCUCAGCGAAGAUGAUUUUAAUGGGCUUUUAAUUGACUCAGUUGUCUGGGAUGAAAACCAAUUGAACCAAUUGGAGUACUUCGAUUCUCUACUAGAGACACUUUAAAUAAUAUGAUACCCUCUCGAACUCUUCAGGACAUCUUUUAUAUGGCUCGUAAAAUAACUUAUUACAUUUGAAAAUAAGAAAUCGAAGGUUGGAUUUAUAACAGAGCCUUGUAUUAGAAUUGUGCCACUAAAAAAAAGAAAUGAAUAUUCAUUAUUCACUCUGAAUUAGAAAAGUGAGUUUUUUGAUUACGUAAAUACUCACAAACAACUUUUAUUUAUCUGAAUUGUGAAUUGGAAAAUAGACUCGAAAGAGGAUCGACUCACUUUUAAUUUCUCUUUUAAUUUGAGAGCUUAGAAUCUGAGGUUCUUAAAAUUUAGAGGUUUCCAAUUUGAAGCUUCCAAUUUUAUCCGAUUUGAUUUACGAGUAAGAAAAUUUCAGCCCGAUCAGUUGAAAUUUGAUUUUUAAUGGUUAAAUGAAUCUAGAAAUACCAAAGAGAUCAUUUUUAUGGAGAGUACGAUAUCCCGUACGACAAAUUGAAAAUGCGGAUUCCUGUGAUAGUUUUGUUAAACUCCCCUUCCAAUGACACACCCCAGAAUUCAACAUUUGUUUUAAUUAUUUUUAAAUUUAGGAACUUUUGUAUAAAAAGUUGAUACCUCGAAAAAUAUUCGGGAUAUCGAUUUAAAAGUUUCAGAUUCUGAAAAAAUCCGGCUAUUCGUACCGAAUAUCGUACUUUUUUGCCUAUUUUUCUGUAUCUACGACACUUUUACGAAAAUAUGCAAAAUAUUUAUUUUUUAAAGGCUCGAUUGAUGUUAAUACGAGAAUUUUCCGCAUAGAGUGUAGUGAAACCACUUUUGUAUGAAUAUAAACAAUAAUUUUUUGAUUGUAGAGACCCAAAUUUUGUUGGAUACUAAAAUUAUUCCAAGCCCAAAAAAUAAAUGGUGUCUGUAGAAAUCAGAAGAUGUAAAGCGAGUAAAGUAAGAAACCGAAAAACAUGACAUUUACAGUUAGAAAUUUAUAAUUUCAUAAUUAUUUUAGAUUUUCAAUCUAGAAAUAAUUAAAAACAUUUUAUUCCUUUACAUCUUCAGCAAAAUAAAUAUUUCUUAUCCACAGAUUUACUGUUGGUGACUUCAACGGUGGCAAUAAUGUGCAAAAGAGUCAAAUUGUUUUUCAUAGAUAAAAUUAAUCAAUUAAUUUUAAGAACCUAUAAGGACUCAAGAGUUUUAAAUUAAAAACUCACGUUAAGUGCCUAUAUAUAAAAAAAACUGUUGUACGUUUUUCAUAAGAAACUCUUCCCCCAUUAAGGCACAAGAAAUGCUAAAUGAGUCCUUAAGGGUCACUAAACUUAUGAAAAAUUAAAACUAUUUAAGAUGAAGUUUAAUUGUAUAUAUAUAUAUAGCAAGAUACGUAUAAUUUAUAAUAACUUAAUUUAUUAAUUACUAUACUAGAAUUGUACUAUAUCGUAUGAAAGUAAUGAAACGUAAAGACGUUUCGGUUAAUUGGUGGGUCAUUUUGCGCUCCGAUUUUCGCCUUUCCAGUAUCCGUCCAAAUAUAAGUAGAUAAAGUGAUGACCAUAAUAUGACGAAAUCACAUAAUUACGUUCAUUAUGAUUGCACUGGACAACGAAACAUGACCUAUGUAUCCAUUUAAUGGGAGGUGUCAUUUUCGAACUAGUUUCUCGUGCUGAAUUCGAAUCUGCCCUCCAAUUCUGACAUAGCCACAUGGAAACUUUUAGUCUUAAUUUCUUUUAAAAAAUCACAAAUCGCUAUUGGAUGUUCACAUAUUUAGACAAAAAGCAAUACAUCAUUUUUAUGAAAUUUUUAACGCUGAAUGUAACGUUCAGAGGGAUGUAUUAUGUAAACUCAGUGCUUGAGCUAUGAUCUAUCUCAAAGAUUUUUCAUCCGUUAAUUAAAAAGAAAGAAAAUGACCACUAUUUGAAUAAUGAAGAGUUAUUAUUUAGUUCAGUCCAAUUCGAAUUCAACAUGGAAAAAUACUUCGAAAAUGACACCUGCCAUUAAAUACACCCAAUAGAUCAUAUUUCGUUGCCCAGUGUUAUUGACUAAUAAUAAUUUAUUACGAAUAAUUCAGUCAUUUCUUAAUAAACUGUUAGUUACGUAUUGAUAGUACAUAAUAUGUACGUCUCACAGUCACUAACUAUAUUCAGUAAAAUUAAUACUAACUGACCUAAACAAUCGUGAAUUUGAUUAGUUCCUCGAGUUAAUUAUCAAUUAGUAUACAGAAUCUAUGAAAUAAUUUUGACUUUUUACUUUUAUUGAAUAAAUUCUUGCACGUCCAUUUUAUUAAAUAAAUAAUCAUUGAACAUUUUUUAACACAAAUAGAAUUGGAAAUUCUGGAUCCUUUAAUUUUCAUGUUUAUUCAAAAACCGUGUGUAAAAACUAUAAAAACUUCCUAAUUUCCUAAUUGAUAAUUAACACGCCAACUGAAAAUGAUUAAAAUAAAAUUAUGUGCCUUAAUACUGAUUGGUAAAAAUUAAUACUCCCCGGUAUUUGCUUCACUAAAUUUGCUGCCGCCUAGUCCGCUCGAAAAAUCGUUGGAACUAGAAAAGGGGCUUGACUAGUCGUGCAGAAAUUUUGGGAGGACUAGCUAAACUUAAGAAAAAUAUUUGUCUACUUAUUCCGAAUUUCGGGGCGACGAGAGAGCUCGAAAAAGUUUGUUAUUAUAUUCGAUGAGCUCUCAUUUGAGUUCAGAAAGAAAGAAGCGCUCAAUGCUAUAUGUUAAUUAUAUGAAGCAACCAAUAAAGAAAUAUUCAAGCCUUCAUCAACCAGAUGUUCAGUUAUUUUGUAAUAGGAGAUUAAAAAAAAAUUUAUUUGUAAUAUGAUUCAUUUAUUAUUAAAAUUUAUGUUUUGAAAAAAACCAGAGAAAGAACUGAAUAGAAAAUUAUUCCUUAUUGAAAGAUGUUCAUUUAGUGGUUGCUUGAUUCAGACGACAAUUUGUAAGAAUAUUGUAUUAAGUAGCUGAAAGUGUAAGAUUACGAAAUAUAGAAGUGAAUGUCAAAAGUCGUAUCGAAAUGUUUUUAUCUUAGAAAACUCACUAAGAAAAAUGGCUAAUGCCCCGUUAUAAAAAAUAUUUGGUAACAUAUCGGGCCACUGGAUAUAAUCUUGGACUAUUAAUUAUGGGACUGUGCGAUGUAGAUCAUUAAACUAUAUUCUCUAGAUGUUAAAAAUUAGAUAUUACUGAGUAAUAUCUUGGAUUGUAAAAUUUUAUAAUCUGAAAUAUUAAGAUCUAUAAUCCAAGAUUUUAAAAUCUAUUAUUAAAAAAAAAAUGGUUAGGAAAAUUUGAAUCGAUAGGAAACCUUGGUGAAUCCGAAUUCUGAAUUGAUAAUUUCUUAUAGUUUCCGAUUCGUUACGAUUUAAAAUUUAACAUUUUAUUUAUCUAUCGGUCAUUUAUUUCAUGAAUAUGCUUUAUAUUUGUUCAAAAUGCAUAUGCAUAACAGAAC